CCUCAUCCCUCUUUUUCUCAAAGAUCUUCAUAGCCUUCUUCUUCUUCUUUUUCUGUUUCUGUGUUUACUUCUGCAGCAGCCAUGGUGGUUCUAUCCCACUCCUCACUAAGCCAGUUCUUACUCCCCAACUCAUGCAUGCCAACGAACACCUCAAGUUUCCUCAAUGAAAUCCCAGAAAUUGACCUCUCUGACCCACAGGCCAAGACCCUUAUCGUCAAAGCCUCCCAAGACUUGGGUUUCUUCAAGCUCGUCAACCAUGGCGUCCCAUUCGACCUCAUCUCCAACCUCGAAACCCAGGCUCUCAAUUUCUUCGCACUUCCUCAGCCUCACAAAGACAGAUUAGGCCCUCCCGACCCCUUUGGCUAUGGCAACAACAAAAUCGGCCCUAACGGAGAUGUCGGUUGGAUCCAGUAUCUUCUUCUCAACAUCAACCCUGAAGUAGUCUCUCCCAAAUCUCUCUCCAUUCUCCAAGAAAACCCAGAAACUUUCCGGCGUGCAGUGGAGGAAUACAUAUCCGCAAUGAAGAAUAUGAGCUGUAAAGUUCUGGAAUUAAUGGCGGAAGGUCUGGGGCUGGAACAGAGGAAUGCAUUCAGCAAGCUUCUGAAAGACGAAAGUGACUGCUAUCUCAGGCUGAACUAUUAUCCGCCAUGUGAGGAGCUUGAAGGAAUGAAGAUUGAAGGAAAGCUGAUAGGUUUCGGAGAACACACAGACCCACAAAUCAUCUCUGUUCUGAGAUCGAACGCCACGUCUGGUCUGCAAAUCUGUAUGAAAGAUGGAACCUGGGUUUCAGUUCCACCUGAUAAUACUUCCUACUUCGUCAACAUUGGCGAUUCCCUUCAGGUUAUGACAAAUGAGAGGUUUAGAAGUGUGAAGCACAGAGUGGUGCCAGACACAAGCAAAUCGAGAUUGUCUAUGAUAUAUUUCGUUGGACCAGCUUUGAAUGAAAAGAUAAGGCCUCUGCCUUCUCUUAUGAGCAACCAAGAAGAAAGCUUGUACAAGGAAUUCACAUGGUACGAGUACAAGAAUGCUGGUUCCAAGACCAGGCUUUCUCAUGAUAGGCUUGCCCUCUUCCACAAAUCUUCACCCUCCUGUUAACUUAGAGAGAGAGAGAGAGCUAGUUAUGGGCUCUUUUGUCAUAUUGAGAAUGUGGUCUUAUGAAACAAGUUUCUGAGAGUUUGAGGUAGCCUGGCCUAGUACUGUUUAUAUAUUUAUGGUAUGAGGAAUUCUAGGUUGUUUGGUUGGUUACUAUCUUACGCGUCGUUGUUAUUAUCUUUAGUAUUUCUCAGUCACAUAUCUGUAAUAGGCAAUACCUUUCCAUGUGAAUGUGAAAUAUCUGUGGAGUUAUAUUAUUGGAAUGUCUGAAUUAAUUAUUUGAUGGC